UCCACCUUGAGGCGCGCAGCCGCGGCAGCUUCAGUUCUUGGCUGGUUCUGGAGAGUUUGGACUUCCAUCUACAGCAGCAAUCAUCACCCCCCCUUCCCCAGUGUGGUGACUGAACAUGAUUCCUGUGUUGAUCUGCGCUCUGGUCUCACUGAGCGUUGCAGACCUGGACGUCCUGGACCCGGAACUGGUGAACUCCAGAACCAUCUAUGUCACAGAAAACGGUCCUCGGUUAGCUGUGGUGGCGGAGCAGCCUAAGGUGCUGGCCAGGCGAGGUGGAAACGUCACUUUACAAUGCAGGAUCCAGAGAGACCAGUCUCUGGCACCCAACCGCAAGAUGAGAAUUAAAUGGACCAAACUGACCUUUGACUACCUUAAAGAGGUUGAUGUGUUUGUGGCCAUGGAUUAUCAUAAACGGAGUUACGGCAGUUUCCACGGACGAGUUCACCUACAAGGCUCCUCUGCGAUGGAUGCUUCUCUGGUUAUGACAGACCUCACCCUGGAGGAUUAUGGGAAAUAUAAAUGUGAAGUAAUUGAUGGGCUGGAGGAUGGGACAGCAGUGGUGACCCUCGACCUUGAAGGUGUCGUCUUCCCCUACUUCCCCCGCUUGGGUCGCUACAACUUGAACUUCUACGAUGCGGAACGGGCAUGCCGAGACCAAGAUGCCAUCGUGGCAUCCUUCGAGCAGCUGUAUGAGGCGUGGCGAGAAGGGAUGGACUGGUGCAACGCCGGCUGGCUGAGUGAUGGCACAGUCCAGUAUCCCAUAAACACACCCAGAGAACCCUGCGGAGGCAGGAACACGGUACCUGGCGUUCGUAACUAUGGGCUAAGAGACAAGGACAAGAAUCACUACGAUGUGUUCUGCUUCACCUCCAACUUUAAAGGUCGCUUCUACUACCUGAUCCACCCUUCCAAGCUAACCUACGAUGAGGCGGUAAGGGCAUGUCAAAAAGAUGGUGCUCAGAUCGCCAAGGUUGGCCAGAUGUUUACCGCCUGGAAGCUUCUGGGCUACGACCGCUGCGAUCCUGGCUGGCUGGCUGACGGCAGCGUUCGUUACCCGGUCUCCCGGCCUCGGCGGCGCUGCAGUCCCACCGAGGCUGCCGUCAGGUUCAGUGGGUUCCCUGACAAGAAGCACCGGCUGUACGGAGUGUACUGCUACAAGGGCCAGAACUGAGCUACCAACGACGACGUACCGAACACACGCAUGCACGAACACACACGCCAAUGAACACGCAAGAGCAGCGAAGAUGACACUGAGGAGGAUCUGGAGAUGUGGACAGUCAAAUUCAGACUGUGAUGCUUUAUUUCAUAGAAACCUGGAGACAUUCAUGAUGUUGCUUUGUAAUCUGGGACCUGGUGCUGUCUGGGGGUAGUUUACACAUCUGUAAGUGGCCAAGUUAUUUAAUCUAGGCCUGGUGGGAGGGGUUAGGGUAGGUUUACUAUUGCUACAGCAAUACUGUCAUUCCAGAACGGACAUGACACGUCAGGAAAGCUGACAGCAGGGUGACUGUGGUCUUGACCGAGAUCCAUAACAUCAACAGACAGAACAACCAGACCCCUCAACAUGUCCACCCUGAACGAGGUGCUACGACUGGUACUUUGGACUUCAUCCUACUGUCCAGUGUUUUAUGUUUUUGUACAAAUGUUUUGGACCAAACAUAGACGACAUCAACAAAACCAAGAAGAAGAAGGAACGGCCGCGUACUAGCGACAUGCUUCCUACUGAUGCACCCAACCAGCAGGUCCAUGUGGGCAACAAUGUGGGCUUGAAAAGGCCAAAUUGCAUGGGUCUCUUAUGCUUUCAUGGUCAUUGGCCCCAAAUAGAAAGGCUAUGAGGGUCAACAUGAGUGGUCUACGAGGGGUACACCAGGGCCAAAGUGCUGGACGGACAAAUGCCACCUGAAGUUGAUUCUAACGGCCGUUCAUAGCCCAGAUGUGGUCCAAACUGGAGUGCCCUGCUGGGUGGAAUGUGGUCUUCUAGAGAUGUAUUUCUGUUUUUUGAUAUACUGUAGAAAUAUUUACUUUUACUUUUGUCUUUCUGUCCGUACUGUCUGAGUCUCCUCAGUUUACAUGAAACAUAGAAGAAUGAAAAAAACUAAAGAAAAACAUUUGCACUGAACAAACAGAACAUAAGGCGUUGCAGGAGGGAGGUUUGUUCUUUGCAGCAGUCCAAAAUGCCCGGCUUGAAUAAAACCAGUGAUGUGCUCGAG